AUGGUGGGAACAGGGUCAAAGGCAAAGCCUGUCAGGCGCCUGAAAUCAGGCACCGAAACUACAAAGAACCACCGAUUCGAGGGCUUCUCAUCACGCAUCUCGAAGCUCAAAAUCGACCCGAUCCACCGCGUGCGCCGAGCCAGCUUCGGUGAAGAUGAAGACGAAACAUCCUCAUAUUUCCGGUCAGCUCUGGACCAUUGGUUCGAGAUGAACCUCUCAGACAACUUCACAACUUUCGUACGCCGAGUCAAUCCUCUGUCCGAGAGCUUUGCGCAAGUUGUGUACCACGAAGAAAAGAUUAUGGGACUUUUGGUGGAGUUCAUUGAGAAGAGGGAUCAGCUUUCCAUGGAACCGUUAUUAAGUCUGCUCGCACAGUUCGCUCGGGACUUGGGUGUCAAAUUCGAGAAGCAUUUCGCUACGGCAGUGACACUGGUGUCGUCUGUUGCGGCUACACAUUCCGACAUUGAGGUUGUUGAAUGGAGCUUCACUUGUUUGGCAUGGAUUUUCAAAUUCCUCUCCCGGUUACUGGUACCGGACCUGCGACAAUUGCUUGGUAUCAUGACCCCAUACCUUGGCAAGGAGCGACAAAAGCCAUUCGUGGCGAGAUUCGCCGCUGAGUCGAUGUCCUUUUUGAUUCGCAAGGCCGGUCUCACAUACUACAAAAACCACGCACCUCUCGAGAUCGCCGUAUCAUAUCUUUUCGACGACAUUUCAAAAACCGCCGAUGAUAACAAAGACACCGAGAGCUAUAGGGAAGGACUUAUGAACAUGUUCUCUGAUGCCAUUAGAGGUGUUAACAAUGGUCUUCACUCCAACGGCAUGGACAUUCUCCACUGUAUCCUGCGUCAAAUUCCGCCUACCAGUGAUAACCGCAACGAUCCCGCAGAAGUUGUAUGUGGAUUGAUUGUCAGUCUUGUCCACGCCACAACCCCUGAUACCUUCGGCCCCAUCCUUGAUACCGUACAGGCCUAUAUCGAAGAACGCUCAAAAUCUACCCCCAACCCUAAUCUCACAGAGUGCUCUCGCAUAAUUUUCCUACUUGUGACAACCCGUAAGGGUGUCAGAAUCCAGAACUGGAAGAUCGUUCAUCAGAUCCAUGUGUCUCUACUUCAGCAGGUUUCAGCAUCUGAAGUGUCGUCAGAAACCACGACGAAGCUUCUGACAAGCGUCGCAUACGCUCUGCAGCAAUCCCCAAUGGAUGAGCUGCUGCCAUCCCUCCGCGCCAUCACGGACCUGGUGUCCACUGGUCCGCUUUCAAAGUAUUUCUUGUUCUUUUGCACAACAUUUGCCGAGUGGGGAUCCGAGCGAUUCCAGAGCCUGCUUCUUUCGCCUUUCCAGAAGUUUAUCAACUCAUCAUGGCAAAAGUCGGAGUCAGAGACUUGCUACACUUUGCUUCGUCUUCACCAGGCUGGUUGCAUCACCCCCGAACCAUCACAGCCUGGCUGUAUCUCCUGCCCAGAAGCCUUCAAGACUCGUAUCAAUGAUUCAUUGAAAUACCCGGCAAAGGAUGAGGCAUAUUUGAAUGCACUGGUGAAGCUCCCCACUGCUAUUUCCGUCUUCUCCGACAAUGCUACGAUGGCCAAGAUGGUUUCAAAGCUGCACAGCAAUCUUUCUUCGGCCUUUAAGGAUGGCGCUGCGGAGGGAAACAACCAGAACAAGGGUCUCAUGUUCUUCCUUGGCCAAGGAUUCAAAACAUAUGUUGAGCUUGCCAACAAAACCGGAAAGCUUGAUUCGAACCUUUUGCAACCAAUCAUCGCGACUGCCACAAAGUUCUCCCGCUUACCGGUAUUCCUGGAGGGCGCUUUUGCUUUCAUCACAUCACUCCCAGAGUCUGCUGAUCUGGAACAUCCCGCACUGGAAGCAUUUGCCCAGGAUCUCAUCGUGAACCUGGCUAGCCCAUCACACAGACUGAGACUGGUUUCUCUUCAAAUCCUGAGAGAACUGGUUCUCCGCAUCGCCAAAGAAGAUUCCACGCCUGUCGAUCUAUCUAUUGAGAUUGAACAAAGCCCGUUGACGAUGGAUAGUGUGAGAACUAUCUCUAUGCACAUCCGAAAACUCGCCCUUAUCUACCCCCAGAUUGCUCACCGUAGAUGGAUGGCCAAUCUGGUUCCUUACUUCUGCUUCGGCUUGUUCUCCAAGAAAUUAGCUCCGUUGUGGGACGACUCCGCUGCCACACUGAAGACCAUCAGUGAGCACCCCGAAGGCGAAAAGAUCGUUUCAAACUUAGCCAUCCAGUGGCUACAGGAACGGGAUACCGAGGCGCCCAGUGAUCCCGCUGCUGCGGAUGACGAAAGUUCAUUCGUCAACAGUCAUUUCCAAUGUUAUAACGUCGCAAAGGUCGAAAAGGUUCUCGCCGCGAAUGCCAAGAGCACAGAUAGCCCCCAGGCAGUUUUGUCGCAACAGUUCAAGCAGGACCACACUGUUGCGGAAAUCAUCCCCGCCACUCCACGAACCCAUGCGCUGCGUGUUCUUAACGCUGCUCCUGGGGUCGCCGAGAAGCGUUCACGUCAGAUUGUGCCGAUGUUCCUCUCAUGGGCAUUGCGUGAUGACCAAGAUGAUGCCCCUUCAUCUGGCGAGGCGAAGGCCGAGCAUGACGAUGAGGAUGAGGAUGAGGAGGAUGCUGAAGCUGUUGAUAUCGGUGACGAACAGGUUCGCUGGGGCUUCCGAGACAGACUGUCCAUGCUCACUCUGUUCGCGCGCUUCCUCAAUCCCAUCGUGUUGUACAGAGCCCCCGAGGUUCACACAGCAAUCUUGGGCCUCUUGUGUCACGGUAACUCUGAACUGCAGCGCCACGCCCUCAAGGUCUUGUUCACCUGGAAAGAUCCGAAUGUUCUUCCUUAUCAAGAAAACUUGCUCAACCUUCUGGAUGAGUCUCGGUUCAAGGAUGAACUUGGUGUGUUCGUGCACGUCGGCGGCGAAGAUAGCUUGAUCAAGAAUGAGCAUCGGGACGUCCUCCUCCCAGUGCUUCUUAGGCUGUUGUAUGGCCGAAUGAUUUCGAAGGCUGGUUCAGCUGCCGCUGGUCAAGCUGGUAGACGCAAGACCAUUCUUCGCACAAUUUCCCACCUCUCAGAGCAAGACUUUGGUCUUUUCAUUCAGCUUGCAUUCGGCCCCCUUGGAAAUGUGCACCCAGUCAAGGAAAACGAUGAGAUUGAUUAUACCGCCUUUGAUCAAGAUCUGACCAGCCCUAAGAGACAGCUGGGUCUGCUCAAGCUUAUCGAUUCUGUCUUUGAGUCCUUGCAAACCCGCAUGACCAAGUUUGCUCCGCAAACAAUGGACGUUGUUAUCUACUGUCUGGUGCGCGCUUGUCGUGCUAUUUCCGCCGAGGGGACAGACGAGCGCCUUGUGGCUAUUUUCCAAAGCAUCCGUCAGACGUGCAUUCGUUGUCUCAACCUGGUGUUUUCAAUUGUCUCAGAUCGAGACUGGACUCCUUAUGUUCGCAUCAUCUUCAAGGAAAUGAUCGACAGCAGACUGGACCAGUUCCCCAUUGAGACUGCUCAAGGUGUUUCUGGACUCCUGCGUCUGUUCCACACUUGGGCCUCGUUCCCUAGGUCUACAUUCUACCUGGUGCAGCACAAUGAUAAGGUAUUGACCAAGGUCAUCGACUGUCUUGCGGUGGAGUCAGCUCGUGAUGAAGUCAAGAACUUUGUGAUGGAUGAGAUUCUUGUGCCAUUGAUUGAGCACUCCACUGGCAAGAAGCUACAGGAAAGCGAAGAGAUGCCCGAUUUCCCCGCUGAGCAGGUCAAGUCCGAGGUUCUCUCUCCCUACUUGGAACAUGCCCUGUUCCACCUCGGUCGCCUCCUCAAGAGAGGCCCCUCCAAGCCUGUUCUCUACUCUGGAGUCAAUGCCCUUUCUUUGAUUGCUCCCUGCGUCGAGAACUCACAAGAAACUGCCAGUCUUAUCAGCAUCACGACAUAUCUGCUUCGCCAGCCACCAGACCGUGUUAGCCCCCGAACCAAGUCUGGUUUGCUGAAGAUUCUUGAGCACUUCUUGCCCUUGUGGGAUCCCAAGGAAGAUGCCGAGCUUUCUCAGCAAGUUUUCGAGGCUGUGUGCUCAAUGUUUGAUUACUUCAAGGAUGAUUCAAACCGUGAGGUAUUGUCUAGAGUCUUCACCGCUCUUGCCACUCACGACGAGCAGCUUAGAGAAGUCGCGGCUCUGUGUGAAGACUUGAAUUCUCGGUCAUCAAAGAGACUUGAGCCGGAUUAUGAGCGACGUCUUGUCGCAUUCAGAAAGAUCACCGAUGAGCUUUCUCACACUUUGACUGCGAAGCAAUGGAGACCUAUUCUAUACAAUAUGCUCUUCCAUGUCAGAGAUGAAGAUGAGCUUUCUGUUCGAUCCAGUGCCUCGUUUGGUCUGAAACGAUUCAUUGACAGAACAUCCACCGAGCCAGAUGCUGACUUCGAGAUUCUCAUCAAUGACGUCUUGUUCCCAUCCUUGCAGUAUGGCAUUCGCCAGAAGUCUGAACUGAUCCGUUCAGAAAUCGUUACAGUCAUCGGCUACUUCGUGAAGCUGAACCCCACGAGACCCUCUGUGCAAGAUAUGCACGUGCUGCUUGUCGGCGAUGACGAAGAAGCUUCUUUCUUCAACAACAUUCUUCACAUCCAACAACAUCGUCGCCAGCGUGCCUUGCGCCGUCUGGCUGGCGAUGCCGCUCAAGGCAACAUUCAAGCCUCAAACCUGGGAUCUAUUUUCAUCCCUCUGAUUGAACAUUUCGUUUUCGAGGAUGCUGCUGAUGAGAACGCUCACAACCUGAUUGCUGAAGGUGUUGCAACUUUGGGUGCUCUCUCAGAAUGGUUGGAAUGGGGACAAUUCCGUGCAAACUUCCGCAGAUACCGAAGCUACAUGGCGAGCAAGCCUGAGAAGGAGAAGAACAUUCUCAGACUGCUCGGUCGCAUGUCAGAUGCCCUUUCCAGCGCCAUGAAGCGUAAGAAGGCAACUAUUGCCCAGAACAAUGGUGAUGAUGGAAACGAUGACAACGAUGACAAAAUGGAUGUCACCGAACAGCCUAUGUGCACGCUCGCAAAGUCUGUUCCAUCGCUCGCGAAGGUUGCAACAGAGUUGACCACAAACUUCAUUCCUUUCCUGACCAAGUACAUUCACCACAAGCAGGAGAAGGAGAUGAGUUUGCGUUUGCCUGCUUCGAUCACCACGGUCAAACUUCUCAUGAUCCUUCCUGAGGAGGAACUGGCUAUUCGCUUGCCACCCGUCCUGCUGGAUGUCUGCACUACUUUGAAGAGUAAGGCACAAGAUUCCCGCGAUACCGCGCGCAAGACCCUCAAUGAGCUCUCUCUCCUUCUGGGCCCCGUCUACUUUGGUUACAUUCUCAAGGAACUCCGGAACGUUCUCGCACGAGGCUACCAGCUUCACGUUCUCUCCUUCACUGUUCACUCUAUGCUAGUGUAUACCACAGAUCACUUCAAACAGGGAGACUUGGACUACUGCUUGAAGGAUCUUGUCGCCGUUGUGAUGGAUGACACAUUUGGCACGGUUGGUCAAGAAAAGGACGCCGAAGGCUACACCAGCAAGAUGGUUGAAGUAAAGAGCAGCAAGAGUUACGACUCCAUGGAGCUUCUUGCGAAGAUCUCCACCAUCAGCCAGCUGUCAAACUUGAUCAAGCCUUUGCAGGCACUCCUGGGAGAGAAGUUGAACUCCAGUCUUGUCAAGAAGCUCGACGAGCUGAUGCGAAGAAUCGGCAUUGGUUUGUUGAGAAACCCGGACGCUGAAAGUCGUGACUUGCUGGUCUUCUGUUACGAAGUCAUCAAGGAAUCCUACCGAGCAAACGCCCCAGAAGAGACCCAAGCCGCCCCCAAGUCCAGAUCCGAGGAGCGUUUCCUGGUCAGGUUGCAAGGAGCGAAACGGGGCGACAACCGAGGCACAACAUCCUCACACGUAUACAAGCUCACCCGAUUCUCUCUGGAUGUGCUUCGCGCGAUUCUCAACAAGUUCAACUCUCUGCUCACAGCUUCGAACUUGUCUGGGUUCAUUCCCAUUAUUGGUGACUCGCUUGUUCAAGCUCAAGAAGAAGUCAAGGUCUCUGCCCUCCGUCUCUUGUCCACAAUCAUCAAGCUGCCGCUCCGAGAGAUUGAUGAAAACUCACAUGUCUAUUUCACCGAAGCGGUCAAGCUUGUGAAGGAAUCUCCCAGCACCAACUCUGAGGCUGCACAGGCUUCCCUGAAGCUGAUUUCUUCCAUGUUGCGCGAGCGCAAGGAUACCAAGCUUCGUGACGGUCACCUUGCUUACUUGCUCAAGCGUCUUGCGUCCGAUAUUGAGGAGCCAGAUCGCCAAGGUGUGACAUUCAACUUCAUCCGAGCGGUCAUGUCACGGAAGCUUGUUGUCCCUGAGAUGUAUGAGCUGAUGGAUCAAAUUGCGACCAUGAUGGUUACUAACCAGACUCGUUCUGCCCGUGAUCUUGCCCGGGGUACAUACGUCCACUUCUUGGUCGAGUAUCCCCAGGCCAAGAGUCGAUGGACCAAACAACUCGCCUUCUUCUCCAAGAACCUGGACUACAAGCACCAGUCUGGACGACAGUCCGUCAUGGAGGCGAUGCACACUCUCCUCUCAAAGACUGGCCAGGAGCUGGCCCAGGAUAUCAUCAGUACCUUCUUCCUGCCUAUCGUGCUUGCUAUGGCUAACGACGAGUCACCGGAAUGUCGCGAGCUGGCGGGUACAUUACUGGGAGAGUUCUACAAUCGCGCGGAUCGGGAGCAGAUGAAGACUAUGCUUACCCCAUUGCGCUCAUGGUUGGAGCAGACUGAUAACAUGGCUUUGUGCAGUAUUGGACUGCAGGCCAUGCGAAUCUACUUCGAAUCCGAGCAGACUGAGAAAGACAAGCAGGCUCGCUUUGUCAUUGGUAUUCUUCCGGAUUUGAUGCAGCCUGUGCUCGAUGAUACCGAGAACGGCAACUGGGAAGCUCUCUACUUUGCCUUGCAGCUCUUCACCAAGCUGUGCAAGACUACACCCACGCUCGCCCUGAGUCCUGAAUGUGCCACCAUUUGGUCGUCCGUUCAGGAGUCCUUGUUCUUCCCUCACACAUGGGUCAAGACCUGCGCCGCCAAUGUUGUGGGUUUGUGGAUGGCUGAUUUAGCCAAGACAAAUGCCGCCGAAGGCUACGCUUCUAUUCCCCUGGUUGGAAGCUCUGGGCUCGGCAUGGACGAAACGACAAUGCUCCGUCUUCUGCGGGCUGGUCUGCGCAGUCUGCGCACUCCAGGUAUCACCGAAGAACUGGCCAUGCAGAACGUGCGCAACACCGUCUUCCUUGGUCGUUGCUGCUCACAAAAUGGAUUGGAGCUCCCCAAGCUGGAGAGCGAGGAUGUCGAAUCUGAAGACGAAGACGCCGAUAGUGAUGCCGAGGAAGAAGAAGCCAAGGAUGAGAUCAAGGUCGAGGCCAACAGAUCUGCCAUUCACUACAUCUUCAAGCAGAUUUCUUCUCUUCUGCGCCGGGAAACGAUUGGAGGCCGAGUACAGGCUCUCAUUCCUAAGACAUCAUCUAUCACACUUCUUGCUGCUCUGAUCCGUCAUGUCGACGUGGACCAAAUCCGACCCUCGCUGCGUGUCAUCUUGAUCCCCCUGCAACACCUGACAGAUCCAUCCAUUCCGGCUCCUCGUUCCUCGGACGAGACAUUCCAGAAUACCUACAAGUCUUUGGUAUCCAACUGCCAUGAGGUCUUGGACCUUCUCCAGAAGAAGCUCGGUCCUUCUGAGUACAUUGAACAGAUCUCCAGGGUCCAGGCGGCCAUCAAAGAACGUCGGGAAGGACGACGCGCCAAGCGUCGUAUCGACGCCGUUGCUGAUCCCGAGAAGUACGGACGUGAGAAGAUGAAGAAGAAUGAGCGGAAGAGAGACAAGCGCCGCGAGAAGGGCUUGGAACACCGUGGAAAGAGACGCGGUUGGUAG